GAAGCUGAAAGCCAAAGUUCCUGUCUCAUUCUGUGAAUCUAAACUGUCCCUCUCAGAAGGUGUCAAGAGGAAACAGAAGCAUCAGACAGACCAGCAGCAGAGAAAAGCCUCAUAACGUUCGCCCGCUGACAGAACAGCACAGAAUGGUCCUGCUUACAUUUCUUCUAAUUCUUGUGCUUCAGUGUGAAGUGGGGCUCAGUGAAACCAAACACGUUUUGUAUCUAACACCUGGAAAUGAUGUCGUUAUGCCCUGUGAUAAUGUGGCUGAUACAUGCUCCAGGAUUAUCUGGGCUUACAACAUAUAUGAGUCUGAGACGAUAAAUAUGGUUCAUAAUGGAAUUGUUGAGAAGAACUCAGCUCAAGCUGCCAGACUGAGUCUGCACAGUAACUGCUCGCUGAGUAUUAAAAACAUCACUGCAGAGGAUGCCGGUCUUUACCUCUGUCGGCCUGAGUGGACCUCUGAUCAGGACACAACUGUGUACCUAAAUAUUUUGACCAUUUCAGCAUUUCCAUCAGACGCUGAUCCAAAGAAGGAUGGAAACGUCACGUUAGAGUGCUCUCUGUUUAGAGACUAUACUACCUCUCCUUGUAACAGUAUGCGUUGGGUGGAUGAGACAGGAAGUGUGCUUUUGGACAGAGGUGUCAGGAACAAUGGACGCACGUGUGUUUCUCUUCUGACUGUGAAGCUUCAGAGUAGCAACAAGAAAAGAUACACCUGCCAGUUUGAAGAUAACAAUACUGUGAAGAUAGAAGUUCACUACACACCUGUCCACAUAGAUUCCACCCUGAACCAGGCUUUCAUCAUCAUUGGUGCUGUGAUGCUGGUGCUGGUGGUUGCUGUCAUCGCUGCUGUUUUCAUCAAAUACAGGAGGCGUGCUAAAGUGACAGAGGACAUUGAAAAACCCACCCGACCCAAACAUGAUGAGCCAGAGAGCAGCAUCACCUAUGCUACUAUUGACCACACUGAUCAAAAUGCCUCACUGAGGAAAAAUGUUAAAAAGGAGGAAGCGGUGACUUAUUCUGCAGUGAAGACAAAGGUAGAAAGUGACCCCAGCGGCUUCUACAGUAACAUCAGCUAAACUUACCAAAAAUAAAUAAGAGGAAAUAAAACUUCUCAUAAUGCCACUGCUUUUAUUUAAGCUUGCUGUUGUCAGAGAUAAACAUAACCUUGCAUCUUUAUCAGCUUCAAAUACAUACAAACAUGAAAUAUGGCAGCAUUACUGUAAAAUACAUGAGUUCAUCCAACUA